GCAGAGUUUAAUUUUAGAUUUUACAGACGCACAAAAAGUCCGGGAGAUUCACAGAAUGAACCCUAGAAUUCAUCACCGCAACGCCGCGCCGGUGAAGAUGAAGAAGAAGGUUAAGGAGGAGAAGAAUGAAUACGAGUUGUGUAAAGUUUGUAAAAUAAAUCACAACCUAGGUCGACGCCACAACUUUUACCCAAACCACAUCAAAUCUCUCUCCUCUUUUCUCUCUCGUUUCCAAACAAAGCUUUCCGAUGUGCGUUUCUUUCUCAAAAACCCUACAAUUCUUCUCCCUGAACAUGCCGCUCGCAAUCGUCUCUGGUGCGUCUUCUGCGAUUUUGAACUUGACGAAAUUGAUAGUUCCUUCGCUUGUGCUAAUGCAAUUAACCAUCUGGCAAGUGCUGAUCAUCUGAAGAGUGUAAAGGAUUUUCUCUGGAGAUAUGGUGGUGGGAUGGACCGCAUAGAUUCUUUUCGUAUUGUUGAACUGGAUCUGGCCAAGUGGGAGAAAAAGUGCAAAUUGUUGAAUGAAGCUGCUAAUAACGGAUCCCAAAGACUUCUUACAGGACCUGUGAAUGAUAUCCACAAUGAACUGAACUCUGAAAAUUUUUAUAAUUGUGACAGAAAUACUAUCCAUAAUUUAAAUUCCAGCUUUACAAAUGGUGUUGUACCUUUACAAAAUCACACACUUGAGGAAUAUCAGGUAUCUGGAAUCGCUGAAUUUGAUGGUCAUGUACAUGGUGCUAAUUCUUGUACCAGCACAAGCUCAGGCACACAAUUUGGUUACAUGGAUAACCAGCAUGCUAGUAUUUUAAAUGGUAGGAUUGGAAGUCAUCCAAAUGGUGGGAUGAAACAGGUAAUCCAACAUGAAAGAACAAACGGCGAGAGAAGUUUUCAGGGUCUGCAGAAGCUUCAUCGAGUUCCGUCCAUAGCAGGUGACAACGCAACAGGAAAUGUUCAUUCUGGAGGACCCCCUCCAUGGUUUAGUUCGACUGAUAAAAAUCUACCCAAUGAUAAACAGAGAUCAGGGAAGUCCUCUAAAUUGAAUCCUAAAAGGGUUGGAGCCGCUUGGGCAGAAAGGAGAAAGAUGGAGAUGGAGAUGGAGAAGAGAGGAGAGAUUGUAACAACUAAAUUUGAUUCUAGUUGGCUCCCUGAUUUUGGUAGAGUUUGGCAGUCCGGUAGCCGCAAGGAAUCUAAGAAAGAAUUCCAAGUGGAGAUCAAUACAUCCCACAAGGAUGAAAGUCAAGCUGUGACGCCAGCUGAGUUGCAGCCUUAUGUCAGCAUACGACAGCGGACAGGCAAAUGAUAGAUAUUGCUGAUAUGCAUUUCAAGAGAGCCAACAAAUCCUUAAAAAAAAGAGAGAGCGAACAAAUGACUGUACAAGCAUCUGGUAUGGUUGUGUUUUACUUGUGCAUAUACUAUGUAUCUCUCUUCUCAGCUCAAACAUCGCGGAGGACAACAGGCAGUUUGGAAAUCGGUGCUAUCUUGGGUUUGACAAAAAGAAAAUUCUAACACAUGUUCAUUAUUGGUCAAAAUAUGUUCUGAAGUUGAAUAAACUGUGUUCAACUAGUAUUUAGUCUGAUCUAUAUAUCUAUUGGCGAUGAUAUUGUUCAUCAAUGUGGUUUUUGCUGGUCCAUGAUUAGUCCAAAACUUUUUUGCUUGUACUCGCUAUAUACAGCAGUUCUACACUACAGUUCUCAA